AUGAUUACCAUGAAUGAAUUAAUAGAUUUGAGAAUGCAACAACAAAUUGCCCAUGAAAUUUUAUAUAGACAACAAAUAAUGCAGCGAAUACCAGAUCCUUUUGCGCCGUUUAUGCCUUUGCAUAUGAUACCGUUGCACGUUGCAAUGCCACCUUUGCCGAAAUUGCCUGGCAAUGUGGAGGUCAAACUGGAAAAUAAUAAUUUAUGGCAACAAUUUCAUAAAAUUGGUACCGAAAUGAUUAUCACCAAAUGCGGCAGACGUAUGUUUCCCUCAAUGCGUGUCUCGUUAAAAGGCCUAGAAGAUGAAGCACAAUAUUGUGUACUAAUUGAAAUGGUGCCUUUAGGGGAUUGCCGUUACAAAUUUUCCAGCUCACAAUGGGUACCGGCAGGUGGAGCAGAACCGCAAUCACCGCAACGCAUGUAUUUACAUCCUGAUAGCCCGGCGACCGGUUUACAUUGGCAAGCCCAGCCUCUGCUCUUUAAUAAAGUCAAAUUAACAAACAACACCUUAGAUAACAAUGGUCAUAUAGUUUUGGCCAGCAUGCACAAGUAUCAGCCACGUAUUCAUGUAAUAUGCACCAGUGAUUUGACACAAAUUCCUUGGGCACCUCAGCAAGCCUUUGUUUUUCCUGAAACGGAAUUCAUAGCAGUUACAGCCUAUCAGAAUGAUCGCAUAACAAAGCUGAAAAUUGAUAACAAUCCUUUUGCUAAGGGUUUCCGUGAAACUGGACAAUCACGUUGCAAGCGUAAAAUGUCUCUAUCACCCGACCGAAGUGAAGACAAUCAUCCAUCAACCAAUAAUGCAAUGACGUGUACAACAACAGUAAUACGAGAAGAUGAUCAAUUGAGUGUGUCGAGCAGUAAUAAUCAAGAUUCAUCGCAGACGAAACGUUUACGCAGUCGUAAUGAUGAGAGAAAUCAUUUACCGUAUAUGGAGGUAAACGCUACUGAUUUACGUUAUGACAGCCGCGCGUAUGAUGUCAAUGUUCCGUGUAUAGUGAAUAAUUUAAAUCAUUCUGCUGCCAUUUUAACGGAGUUAAUGCCUUCCGCGUCAACAUAUUACACACAAUUAGGCCAACCUAUGCCCGUGUAUGGUAAUGCAACGCUUCCCCAUAGUAUCGCCUCUACGCAAUUUACACUUAAUAUGGCCUACAAUCGGCCAUUGUUAACAGAGCAGUUAUUAUUCACAGACACGAAUGCAUCUAGUCAAUCAUCAUCGUCGGUGCAAUUAGAUGAAAUAAGUGCUGUUGAUACGUUUGUGGAUGUGGUUAGUACAUCAUCUGAGGAAUCACAAUCAGGCGUCGAUGUCGAUGCAAGACAACAGUCCCAACAUCAAUAUCAACAAUGUUUUAAGCGUCGGCCAUCAUAUGAGAUUCCUGGUAUCGCUGCGAAACAUGGCAGUUUUAGUAUUUCAGCCAUAUUGGGUGGUAAAGGUGCUUGCAAUCGUAGUGAUUGCGACAGCACUUGUAAUAAUCGUAACGUUUGCGAUUCCGUUGCAGUUUAG